AUGAUUAAUAUAACGCGAGAACUUCUUGAACAGUAUUAUGGAUUUCAUAAUGAAUCUAAUAAUGAUAGAUCUUUGUCAAUUCACCAAUGUGUUAAUAAUAGAAACGAUUAUGAAAAGGAAAAUAUUGACGAACAAACGAUCUUAAAUGAAACGGAGGAAAUUACAACGAGAGAUGUGCAAAGUGAGAAGAAUCAUAAUGAGGAGGAAUCUACUGAUUUAUAUACAUAUAAUUUUUGUGGAUUGGAUAAAGAGGAAGAAAAAGAGGAUGGAAAUAUAACUUCUGAAUCACAUUUUGCUAAUAUUUUAAACAAUGAAAAAACUUUUGAUCUACAUGAAAACAAUGCUAAUAUGCCCUAUGUAUCUUAUGAUCCCGAAGAAUUGUGUAUUAGUGAGUUGUGCCCUAUACCUGCAGAAGAUUUAGAUACUAUAUCUGAUAUUUCUUCAGUAAUAACGCAAGACACGCCUCAGCACUCAAACAAAGAAUAUACAGAUUUAUUACCUCUUCCUGAAAAAACGUCAGUUUAUAAUUCAACAUUUGUGGAUUUGUCAAAUGCAAAACUUGCAGUAUUACCAAAUAAUAUAAUGCAACAUUUUUCAAGGAUACGGAUGCUUUAUUUAGAGAAUAAUGCCUUGUCAGAAAUUCCUGAAGAGCUCUUUCCUUCUUUACAAAAUCUUGAAUGGCUAGAUAUACGGAAUAAUCAAUUGAAAUCUUUACCAAAGAAUAUAAAAUCUCAUUCUUCUUUACAUACGCUUUUAUUACAAGGAAACAAAAUAAAGGUUUUACCAUUAGAACUUUGCAUGGUACCUAAAUUAAAAAAUUUACAAGUGGCACGUAAUCCUCUUACUAUGCCACCGGAAGAUAUUGUAGCACUUGGAUGUUCUAAUAUUUUAAGCUUCUUAAAAAAUGAAUGGAAUAAGUUACAUCCAGAUGAAGUUGGAAUAAUACCUGUGAAGGAAGUAAAGCCAAAAUCGUUAACAGUUCUUAAUAACGGGUCAAUUAAUAAAAAAAAGUCUGACAUUUUACAAGUUAUUAAUUGCUAUAGCUGCAGUGAUAUAUCAAAAAAAUUUAAUAAAAUGUCUAUGAUAGAGAAAAGAAAAGCUUAUAAACCAAACAACAGAUGUAACAGCAAAGGAACAAAUCUUCUCAGACAAAAACAACUUUCAUGGAUUGAUGAAAUCACAGAAAUGUUGAAUAAAGAAGCUUCUGUACUUCAAAAAAUGAAAAACAAAAUAGCUCUACAAGAAUGGAGAGAUGACAAAAGCAGUUUCUCUAAAAGUAUGGAAAAGGCUACAAAAAGAAGAGAAGAUGACAUUCCAUUCGCUAUCGAUAAUGUCGACGACUUAUAUAUAUCUAAAGCGGAAAACAAAUUGAACGAUAAAAAGAAUUUGCAAAGAAGAAAUAAAACAGUAUUCGUAUCACCUACUAACAUAAAUAAAAGGAUUAUCGAAUUAUUGGACUCAUUAACUACAAUAAAUACAGAUGUUAUUAAAAAUAUGACACCAACUUCCAAACAAAAGUUUCUAAAUGAUACAAUUAAAAAGAUUUGUCUUUUACAAAAAGAAAUACAUCAUCUUCAGCGACAUAAUAUUACCACAAUGCCUUAAAUCUAUAUUCAUUCAAGGUCUCGCCAAUCGCGCGCGCAAUGGUAAAUUACUUAAAACUGAUGAAUCGCAUACAUGUGUAGCUUCCCUGGGUAUACGUUGUCAUCGUCGCUGGGAAUCUGCCAAAUGCUAUCAACAGGACAAAAACACAGAGUGGUAGUUAGUCAGCGUAUUAAAGUCGUAUCAUUCCUCAUAUAAUAUUAUCAUAGCAGAAAUGUCAAUAUUGGAAAUUAUAACUAUUUCUAUAUAACUGUUUAAUAUACUUUCUAUAUUAUAGAGAGUGUAUAUAUGAUAAAUACGUUUCUGCUAAGUAUUGUCUGUAAAAGAAAGUCAAUUAAUAUGUUAAUAGCUGGCACAAGAAGAUUUCAAAUCCAAUAUUUGUUCAUCCAUGAAGAAAUGCUGUUGAAUGGUUUCCCAGAAAUACUUAUCUUGUAAGUUUUUGCCGCAGUACUUGCGCAGGAAAGCCACGAUAUUUUUUUUUUUUUUUUUUUUUUUAUUUAUUUUCGUAUUCAUUCGUAUCAUUUUUACAAUUUAUAUCGCAGCAUUGAGUUAAAUUCAAUUAUGCGUGGCUGACCUAAUUAAAUUAAUUAACGCAUAAAUAAGAGCUUGCUACGUACGUAAACGAGAAUCUGUGAUGAAUUGUGUUGAAUUUUUCACAUUUAAAUUUGUUUGAAAUAACAGACGAGUUGUACGAGUAAACGUAUUUAUAUAAAUUUGAUUCAAGUUUAUAGCAAUCUUAUUUAUUCGAUUUCAUGCAAUGCCGCAUGGUACAUUCAUUUCUAAAGCGCAGAAAUAAAUGUAAGAAAUAAUUUCGUGGAUAUGCGAUCCACGGAAUGCAAUAAUUUACCGAUUAUUACAGAUGUCCCCAAUUUUACAAUUGCACAAAUAUUUAUAGUAACAUAAAUCUCAAAAUUGUGUAGUAAUUACAUCUGCGUGAUAUACGACCGGCCGAUAUAUCAAUUAAUUUCAAAAAAUACAUUGCGUGUAUUGAAAAUAAAUAAUUUCUACCCUCUUAAGGCGUAUUAAGUAAAGACGUAUAAUUCAAAAUAAAAAAUAACUCUGUCUAUCGUCCAUCAGAGUAUACCUCUGAUAAUGUAUGAUAAAGUAGCACUGAAGGGUACAUCAAUAAUUUUCGGAUUUAAUAAAAUGUGUUCCAACGAAAAUGUAAGAAAGAUAAAAAAAAAAAAAAAAGAAAAAAAAGAAGAAAAGGAAAAAGAAAAGAAAAAGAGAUGGAAGGAAAAAAGAAAAAACUAUUUUGAAAAUUUAACAUCUUUUUGCAAGGAAGAUGAUUAUAAUUGUCAAUAAAAUAUAAUAAUAUUUAUAAUUUUAAUUAUAAAUACGUAAAAGAAGUAACAAAUUGCAUGAAAUAUAAAAAAAAAAAAAAUUAAAUAAAAUUAACAUGAAAUAUCAUAUUAUUACUCUACUUAAGUUUUACUUAAAUCCAUUAUUUUACUAUCCAUGUUACAACAUGAUCUUUUAUUGUAAUUAAAAUAUUAUUACGAGCUAUAGUAACAUAAUUGUAAUGAAAAUAUACCUUCCUUGUAAAAAGUUUAAUUAAUAUAAAAGUUAAAAAAGACGCUACGCACUUACCAAUAUUGUAGAUACAUCUGUUCUGAAAUACAAGUACAGAUAAUAAACAAUAAUAUUUUUGAGAAAGGCCAACAACAGCAUUUGUCUGCAGCUAAACAAAUUAUUCCAUAUAGCCAAUAUAGUUCAAGUACAGUGACCAGUAAACUGAGAAUAAAAAUUUAGAAUCGAAUUAAUAUACAUUAAUUUAAUGUGUUUUUUUUUUUUUUUUCGUUUAUAAUGUAAAAUUAUGAUAAAGUAUUUAGAAAUUAAAUUACUGUACCAGCAUAUUAGCAUUUUGAGCAGACUUUCAUCGUUAAUGUAAUACUUUGCUAAUUGAAAUAUGAAACCACUUUCAAUGCAUAUUUCAAUGGAUAUUACUCAUAUAUAUCGAUUCCAAAUGUUACAUUGUUCUCAAAAAGAAUAUGUUACUUUUAGAAAAUUUUAUGUAAAGAGAUUGUAUCUAUAAGAGAAAUAAUGGAACUUACCU